AUGUUCGGCGGCGGCUCCAACUCUGCCUCUAAAUCCGACCCGCCGGCUGAAUCUGGCAAGACGGACAAGAAGUCGCCCUCCCCCGACCCCAAGGCCGACGGCGCCGCCUUGACCCCGAUCAAAUCCACAAACGACGCGGCCAGCGGCGAGAAGCGCAGCGGCAAUGGCAGCCCGCCCGGCCGCCAGGAUGCCGGCAACGCCGACAAGAAGCGCAGGAGUAGCGGCGUGGGAUCCAAGGCGAGCAGUCUCAUAGCGAGCGCCAAGCAGUCCCUGAACUUCUCCCAGGUCGGCCGCCAGGGCAGCGACCUCAGCGCCUCGCAUACGCCGCUGCAGAAGCUCGGCAAGCAGGACCCGGCCCUGGUCGUGCCCCAGGGCCAACAUAACAACUCGGCCGGCGAGUCGCUUCCCGGCCCUCGCUCGACCUUCCGCGUCGGCGUCUGGGAAGACCGGAACAAGAAGUGCCGCCGCACCAUGGAGGAUACCCACGCCUUCCUCUACAACUUCCUCCACACCCCGGCCCCCGUUCUCACCAACGAGCGCAAGGGGUCCAAGUCGGACAAGUCCAGCGCCGAGAGCGAUUCCGCUUCCGAGACUGCACCUCAAGACAUGGUUGAGACGGAUAACGGCUAUUUCGCUAUCUUCGAUGGCCAUGCCGGAACCUUUGCCGCCGACUGGUGCGGGAAGAAGCUGCACAUCAUCCUGGAGGACACUAUACGAAAGAACCCCAACGUUCCCAUACCCGAGCUCCUGGACCAGACCUUUACCACGGUGGACUCGCAGCUGGAGAAGCUUCCCCUCAAGAACAGCGGCUGCACCGCCGCCAUUGCUGUGCUCCGCUGGGAGGACCGCGUCCCCAGCUCCAGCUCGGCUACGGGCUCGCAGUCGAUAGCCCCGGCCGCCGCCGCAGCAUCCAAGGAAGCCUCCAAGUCCAAAGACAGUAAGCUUGAUGACAACAAUAGCACUUCUGAAUCUGCUCAUGCAAAGCUGAAAGGUUCGGCCCAACGGCAACGAGUUCUCUACACCGCAAACGUGGGAGACGCCAGGAUUAUUCUGUGCAGAUCUGGAAAGGCUCUACGUUUAUCCUACGACCACAAGGGCAGCGAUGAGAAUGAGGGCAAGCGGAUCGCCAACGCCGGAGGUCUCAUUCUCAACAACCGUGUCAAUGGUGUGCUGGCCGUCACCCGUGCGCUGGGGGAUGCCUAUAUGAAGGACCUCGUGACGGGACACCCUUACACCACCGAGACUGUCAUUCAGCCCGAGAUCGACGAGUUCAUCAUCAUAGCUUGCGAUGGACUUUGGGACGUCUGUUCGGACCAAGAAGCGGUCGACCUGGUUAGGGAGACGCAAGAUCCUAACGCAGCCUCCAAGCUGCUGGUGGACCAUGCCCUUGCCCGAUUCAGCACCGACAACCUGUCUUGCAUGGUCGUGCGAUUCGACAAGGUGGCAUUGAUCGAGAACCAGAAGGAUAAAGCCAUCGGCGUCGAGGGCGAUGCCACCGGUGCCACUGGCAAGAUCAGCGAAGCAGAGAGGAUCGUUAGCUCGACCAAGCAGAAGAUCGCAGAAGGGACGCCCCCGGUCGGUGUCUCGGCGAGCAACAGCGGGCGCGGCCACGACCCUAUACCAAUCCACGACAGCGAAACCUUCACCCCGACGGCCUUGAAGGGACCUGUUGAGGAGGAGCCUGGGUCCGUAGAGGACAGUGAUGCUCCUGAGGUCACGGCAGAUGCCAUACCGAACCCCGAUGCUCUUGCAUCCGACUCUCCCGUGAAGUCGAGUCCUGUUCCUCUGACUUCUGAGAAGCCACAGGACUCUUAG